AUGUCAAGACAGAGCUCUACUAAUGGCGGUAGUAUUAAGAUUUCUUCUGUGCAACCUAGUGACAGUAAUAAACGAGAUCAGAAUGAGAGAUCUAGUGACGGUACAACUUCCAGUAAAGUGAGUAUUCACUCACAAACAAUUCAAUGGGGUCACCAUCAUAAUAAGCGAGGUUCAGACUCUUCUAUAGAUUUAUCAAUGCCUCGUUGUAUGAAAUCUACUCCAGCGGAUCCUCACAUAUCAGAUGUUACUUCUGUGUCGAUGAUUGCGAACGAUCCAACUAAUGAUUCUAUAAAUGAUUUGAAAUCCAUGGCAAUAACGACAAGUCCUGGUACUCCCCUGGAAUCACCGUUGAAGAAUAGACAGUUUGGAUCCCUAAGUGAAACUAACUCUUCAUUCUUUGAUAAUAUCAUGUCUUCGUUUAACUUUAAUAAAUUCGCAAAGGAUUCCGAGACAGAUAUUAGUCCAGAAGAAUCAUCUGCAGGGUUUACAUAUGCAUCACAAAUUGAUGACAGGGAUUUCCAUACAUUAUUUAAACUGAUCCCCUUGCAAGAGAAGCUCGUAAAGCUUUUCGAUUGCAAUUUACAUAGAAAUUACCCAUAUAAGGGUAAACUUUACGUCACAGAGGAUCAUUUGUGUUUUAAUUCAACAGUAUUGGACUGGUUAGCCCAAAUACAAAUACCUGUUAGGGAAAUAAGAUCUUUGACGACGAAUAAACAGAAUUCGAUAUAUGAUGAUGAAAUAUGUGUAGAGACUUCCCUUGGUAUGACUAGAUUUAACGGGUUCCAGAACUUAGAAACAACAUUCCAAACUCUAAAAAUGCUUGUCAAUAAUUAUAAAGAAGUAGAUCCUGUGCUUUAUACAGAUGAUAGUAAAAAAGGAACAGAUCUAUUGAACUAUUCGGUUGGAUUGAAUCCUCCUGUGAUUCAAAAAUCUUCAAUAGUAGCUGGGGCUGAGACUAACCCCAUUGGUAAAUCAAGUAUUAAACUUUUAACUAGUCUUGAAGCUACAAAGAAUACCAGAAACGAUGAUGAAGACAUUGAGAAUAUAAUAAGAUCUAUAGACGAGACUUCCUCUAACUCAAGUGGGAUAUCUGUAGAUGCUGACGAGGAUGAUGAUACCACAGUUAAAGAUAUCAAAGUACCUAUUUACAAGUUAAACGAGAGUGCUUCGGAUUAUUUACUGAUUGACUAUGCCGGUCCACUUUACAAUAAUUCAAAACUCACUAGUAAUAUCCCCACAAGGUCUGUAGAUGAGUAUCUCCUGGCUGAUAUUGAACUGUCCUGUGCGCCUGGGAUGCUCUUUGAUUUCGUGUUUAAUGAAACUAAACCGACAUUUUUACACGAAUUCUUGAAGAAACAAGAUUCAUCAAACUUCACAGAUAUUGGCAAAUUCCAAAUUAAUGAUUCUGGUCAGAAAACAAGAGAGUAUUCAUAUCAAAAGCAAUUACAUUUCCCUGUUGGUCCCAGUACUACGAAAUGUAAUGUAGAGGAACAAAUUGUGCAUUACGAUAUAAAUGAUUAUAUUGAACUAAUUAAUACAACUAGAACUCCAAAUGUACCUAGUGGAACGAAUUUUUCAACUAAGACAAGAUAUAUUAUCCAAUGGCAUGAUUCUACAAGAUGCAAACUUCAGUUAUCAUUUUGGGUAGAAUGGACUGGUUCCUCUUGGAUCAAAAAUAUGGUAGAGUCUAGUUGUAAGAGUGGAUUAGUCUCAUCAACAAUAGAUUUCAUUAAUUUGAUUGAAAACUAUGUUGAAGAGCAUACAAUCCUAGAUUACAUGGUGAUUGAUAAAACUAUUUCAACUUCGAAGACAAGAGAAAAUUCUCCUUCAAUAUCAAAGGGUAAUUCUCCAGACACAGAGAGCGUUAUUGUAACCUCCCAAAAUAAUGAACCAACUGCAACUUCGAAUUCAAUAUUCACCAGCCCUUCAGUGAUGACAAUACUCUUUGUACUAAAUAUUAUAUUGUUUCUGAUUUUGUUAUAUGCUUUGUGGAGUAUAAACAAAAAGAUGAACAAACUAAUUGAAUUUCAACUCUAUAAUACAGACGGAAUUGAAGCUACAACUGAGGCAUUGUUCGAAACACCUGUUAGGAGCGACAUGUUAAAAUCCCACGAUCAGCAACAUAUGUUUCUACAGUCACUAAGGUCAUUACUAGGUAUUACAUCUAAUGCUCACAAGAACAAAAAUUCUCCAGAAUUAUCAGAGAAGAUUCUCGAUAAGUUGACGAGAUUGCUUGCAUCGCAUGAGGUAGAUGAAUGA